UGAGAUAGCAGCUUUUAAACGUUUCAGUGGACUUCGAUUUGUUAACAAACUUUUCUUAUACUUCUUAUACUUAAACUAUAUACUAUAAUAAAUGAAGUCCCGUCUUCACGAAUCUCCAAGUUUGUUGACUGUCUGAACGCGUUGGACGUGGCUGUUUUUAUAAAGUAUAUGUAACGUUAGGUCUGCAAUAAUAUGAAGAACAUUUUAGAGAUCAUCCUUUUUUUGUUACCAACAUACGGUGUGUUUGCUGCUGAUGAAGUGCAGAUAUUGCCAGUGAAGAAGGGAAAUUAUGUGACUCUAAAACCUCAUCAUACUCAAAUAGAUAAUAUCAAUGUUAUACAGUGGAUUUUUGAAGAUCUAAUCAUUGCUAAAUUGGCUGGAAAUUACACCUCAUAUAACAAUGAAACAGAGAUAUUCAGAGAUAUAUUAAUGCUGGAAAAUCAGAAUGGAUCUCUGACCAUCAAGAACUUGACAACCAAUCAUACUGGACUUUAUAAAGCAGAGAUCAACCACAGGACCUCAUAUACGUUAUUCAACGUUACCGUCUAUAGUGUGUUUGGUGCUGAAAUUAACGUGUCAGUGUCCGUGAUUGAGGGACAGACUGUGACUCUUAACACCAAUUUUACUGAUAUGAAGAGAAUAAUUCGAAUGAGGUGGUUUAAAAAUAAGUCGUUUUUAAUUGCUAUAUCCAAUGGAAGUGAGAUCACCAGGGACAAAUUCAAAGAUGGACUGGAGCUGAACAAUCAGACUGGAUCUCUGACCAUCAUGGACAUCAAAACCACAGACACUGGAGUUUAUAAAGCAGAAAUCAACCACCAUUAUGGGACUUCAGAGUGGUUAUUCAAUGUUACUGUCAAUGGUUCAGGUUUAUCUCCAGGUGCUGCGGCAGGAAUAUCUGUCAUUGUUCUGCUGGUGUUUGCAGGAGCAGCGGCUUUUGCGUUUUACUAUCGCCAUAAAUUACCUGAUAUAAGACGCUUUCUCUCUGCUGAUAAUACGCUGUGUGGAAUCUUUAACACAAGACCAGUGGAGCUGCAUGAAGUGGAGAUCCCCGAACAGCAAAGUCUGAAAAAUGAAGAGAAGAUAGUGUCUGUGAAGAAGGGACAAUCUGUCACUCUAAAGCCUGAUGCUGUAAUUCAGAGAGACGAUCAGAUACUGUGGACGUUUGGACCUGAAGAGACUGUUAUCGCUGAAGUCAAUACCAGAGAGAUCUCCACAGGUGAUGGUGCUGAUGGGAGAUUCAGAGACAGACUGACGCUGGACUCUAUGACUGGAUCAGUAACAAUAACAAACACAGCAAGCGAACAUGUUGGAGUCUAUAAACUGAAGAUCAUCAGCAGCACAGGGACCUCAUGCCAAACAUUCAUUCUUACUCUCAUACAUGAAGCAAAGAUGAUGUCGGUGAAGGAGGGAGAAUCUGUCACUCUUAGGCCUGAUGCUGUAAUUCAGAGAAACGAUCAGAUACUGUGGACGUUUGGACCACAAGAGACUCGUAUCAGUGAAGUCAAUACCAGAGAGAUCUCCAAAGGUGAUGGUGCUGAAGGGAGAUGUAGAGACAGACUGAAACUGGACCCUACGACUGGAUCUGUAACAAUAACAAACACAGCAAGCGAACAUGUUGGAGUCUAUAAACUGAAGGUCAUCAGCAGCACAGGGACCUCAUACCAAACAUUCAUUCUUACUCUCACAUAUGAAGCAAGGAUGUUGUCGGUGAAGGAGGGAGAAUCUGUCACUCUAAAGCCUGAUGCUGUAAUUCAGAGAGACGAUCAGAUACUGUGGACGUUUGGACCACAAGAGACUCAUAUCAAUGAAGUCGAUACCAGAGAGAUCUCCAAAGGUGAUGGUGCUGAUGGGAGAUUCAGAGACAGGCUGAUGCUGGACUCUAUGAUGGGAUCAUUAACAAUAAGAAACGCAACAAGCAAACAUGUUGGAGACUAUAAACUGAAGAUCAUCAGCAGCACAGGGACCUCAUACCAAACAUUCAUACUUACUCUCACAUAUGAAGCAAGGAUGAUGUCUGUGAAGGAGGGACAAUCUGUCACUCUAAAGCCUGAUGCUGUAAUUCAGAGAAACGAUCAGAUACUGUGGACGUUUGGACCUCAAGAGACUCGUAUCAAUGAAUUCAAUACCAGAGAGAUCUCCACAGGUGAUGGUGCUGAUGGGAGAUUCAGAGACAAACUGAGGCUGGACGCUACAACUGGAUCUAUAACAAUAACAAACACAACAAGCAAAUAUGUUGGAGUCUAUAAACUGAAGAUCAUCAGCAACACGGGGACCUCAUACCAAACUUUCAUUUUUACUCUCAUACAGGAUGGGAUUUUAGUGACAGAGGGAAGUUCUGUCACUUUAAACCCUGACACUGAAAUACAGAAAGGCGAUUUGAUCCUGUGGAUGUUUGGAGAGGAUGAUAGUCAGAUAAAGAUAGCUGAAAUGAAAAAGACAUUCGAUGGUCCUGAUGCGAUAUUUACAAACAGACUGAUCUCUGACAAGAAAACUGGAUCUCUGACCAUCAAAGAUAUCAAAGAGUAUCACGCAGGACUGUACAAACUACAGAUCAGCAACAGCAGCAGGGCGACCACAAACAAGACCUUCAAAGUGCUGGUAAACUUCGAGAAAGUGUCAGUGAUGGAGGGAAACCCUGUCACGCUAAAGGUUCAUGUUGAAAUUGAUAAAAAAGAUGAGAUACAGUGGCUGUACGAAGAAGAAAACACUCUUAUAGCUGAAAUGAAGCGAAGGGGCAGAGAUAAAAAUUAUGUUGGAGGUGGGAGAUUUAAAGACAGACUGAUGGUGGAUGACAAGACUGGAUCUCUGACCAUCAAGAACACCAGACCCGAUCACGCUGGACUUUAUACACUAAAGAUCAACAGCAGCAAAGGGACCUCCUACAAACACUUCUCAAUGUUUGUCAGAGCGAGGAUGAUAUUAGAAAAGGAGGGAAACAACAUCACUCUGAAUGUUCAGGCUGAAUUACAAAGAGAUGAUCUGAUCCUGUGGAUGUUUGAAGACGAAAACAAUCUCAUAGCUCAAAUGAAUGGAGAAACCAAAGAGACCACAUUUACUGAAGACGAGAGAUUCAGAAACAAACUGCUGCUGGACGAGAAGACUGGAUCUCUGACCAUCAGAAACGCGAGAAACGAACACUCUGGAGCUUAUAAACUACACAUCGUCAGCAGCAAAAAGUCCACGCACAGCACAUUCAGAAUUUUUGUGUGUGAUUAUUCUGAUCCAAACACGGUGUCUGUGACGGCGGAAGAAAGCUUAAUUUUGAUCACUAAUUUUAAUGUAGAGCGAGAUGACCAACUGCAGUGGACAUUUGAAGGUGUGACGCUAGCAUCUGGAAUGAACGGAGACGUCAGUAAGACUUCAUACGGGGAUGAUGAGAGAUUCAGAGGCAGGCUGGAGCUGCACCAUCAAACCGCAUCUCUGACCGUGAAAAACACCAGAAGAUAUCACUCUGGAGUUUAUCAGCUAAAACUCUGGAAUAGACACAAGAAAAACGUUUGCUUGAAAGUCAAUGUUACCGUUUCUGGUGGGUAACUUAACUCUAAUUAACUUUUAAAUGAUACUCAAAUCUAUUAUUGGUUUUUUAAAAAGUGCUAAAAUCAAAUUUUCUAACAUAUUUGCUCAACUAAAGCCUUGAAAUGACAAUCUGCAUCUUAACGGAUCUAAACAGGGCCUGGAAGAUCUCACUACAUUUGUGACCCUGGGGCUGUAUUUAUCAAGCUUCUCAAAGUGCCAUUUUAGUCUUAAGUUUGAAAGUAAAUUCAUGAAUUCGCACCACGUACAGUAAGUAUAAAAGCAAGUUAUCACAUUUCUUAAAGCUAAUGACUCUUCCACUUCCAGUUAUUUAGUCCGCUCUCUCAAGUGGUUUGGAGUUGGUAGUAAGGGUUUGUGUUGGGGCUGUAGAGUAGACAACUGCACAAUGCAUAUUUUUCAGUGAUCUUGUUGACUGAAUAGUGAUGCGCUAAGAGAGUAAGAUGAGUGGUACACGUGAGUUAACUUGCAGUUUGAAAAAAAUCUGAACCUUGUGAAACAGAUUAUUUUUUUUAUGUGUCCCUGCUUGAUUGUCACCACAAAUACUAACAGCUCUUUCCAGUGAUUUGCUGGAAGCCGGAAUAUAAAAGUACAGCCUUGUGCUACAGUAGUUGUCCAUGUUGCUUUAGUGCACCAGAUAAAUAACAGUUGUUUUGUUUUUAAUAAUUUAUAUUUGGCUAUUUUAGAUUUUUCUAUUUCUAUGUCAUUAUCCAAAAUCACAGUUGUGGCACAGCGAAGUGAAGUUGCACAUUUAAAGCUGGUCUCCCAUCCAAUCAUUAGUAAGCCAAUCAGAUUAAUCCACACUCACUGUAAGUAGCCCGUCUAUCAUUACUCACUUAUCUUAAUUUUUCAAAGAAUCCCGCAUCCACCCCAUCUUCCCUCUUUUACCAGGGGGAACUCUCGAGAACUACCUGAUCACGUACCCCCUUACAUGCUUUUCGACCAGGCAGCCCUGUGCUCAAUUAUCUCCGAGCUCAGGGUUCUCUCCAAGGACAACAUGCCAAACUUGCUAAUAUUAUUAAGCAAUAUCUAAGUCACCUUUAAAACUGAUGCUUAAUAUUUACUACACUUCACUUAAAGUACAUCUGAUUAUGAGUAAUUCACAGAAGCUUGAUAAAUACGGACCCUGGACAACAAAACCAGUCAUUAAACGCCUAUUUAAAAACAAAAACCUGGGAUGAAUUAUCUGAAAGCUGAAUAAACAUUGCAUUGAUGUAUGGUUUGUUGGAAAAUAUUAGUCAGAUAUUCAAGUAUUUAAAAAUUAAUCUGAAAUCUGAAAUAUUGAGAAAAAUCAUCUUUAAAAUUAAAUUCUUAGUAACACAUAUUACAAAUUAUUUUAAUAUAUUUAUGGUAAGAAAUUUGCAUCAUUUUUAAAAGAUCAUUUAUGAAUUGUUAAAUGUAUCUGUGCAACUUCUGGUUGUGUGCUCUGCUCUCAUAUAUUAGCAGUGUGGAUGAAAUUUAAUAAUCAAACACUUGAGUAAAAGUACAAAUUCCCUGACUAAAUUGAGUCCAGUAAAAACAAUAAUUAAGGACACAACUGUGACAAGGUUACUUGUCUCUAUCAGAAGUGAUAUUGAUAAUGUACUACAUUAAUGUAGGUAACUACAGAAUAGAUGAAGAUCUUCUCCCUUUUUGUCAGAUUUUUUUUCCAGAUGACAGCAGAAACGCACUGAAUGAAUCAGUUAAAAUACAGAUCUAGAAAUCCUGAGUAAUUUGUGAGUUAAACAGACCUUCCUGAAAAUUCAUAAUCGCUUUGAAAACUUUAGAUUUGAUACAGUGGAAAAAACAUUUUGGGGAUUUUUUUGUUUGUUUGUUUUUAGAUAGAAAUAAGAAAGAAAUCUAGAAAUAAGGCAAAAAAUCUUAAGUAAGAAAAGCCUUUUUUUGCAGUGUAGUUAAACCUGUGCAUGUUAUUGAUGUGCAAUCAUUGGUCAAUACCGUAGGAUGCGAGUGCAGCUAUUGGCAGGUUUGUAAGUUUGAGAAAAAGUGUUUUGACUAUUUAUUCAGCAGAGGGCCUUAAAGGUCUGUUCUUUUUUUGGGUUGUAAACAACUUUGGCUGUGAUCUCAAUGUUUGAUAUGUGUUACAUUACAUGGAUGGCUAUUGAAGAGACCGUUUACCCCACAAAAAUUCACAUUUACUCAUCCUCAAGUGGUCACAAACCUUUAUUGAUUUCCCUUUGUCCAUGAAAAAUGUUGGAAAGCUGAAAACAUUGACUUCCAUUAUAGGAAAAGCUGAUAGAGAUAUCCAACAUUUCUUCAAAAUGUCUUUUGUUUUCAACAGAAGAAAUAAAUCUAACAGAUGUGUGACAAGUGAAGGCAGAGUAAAUGAUGACAGAAUUGUCAUUUUUGGGUGAAAUGUCCCUUUAAAUUACUAGUUGAAAUGUUCAUUAAAUAGGUUUGCUAUAUCGUGAAGUGUGAUUUAAUAAAAUGUGCGUGUUAAAUUAUUUGUAUUUCAGUUAUAAAGUUUUCACAUAUCAGUGAAUUAAGCAAAAGUAUAGUUGAUGCUCCACCAGUGACUUUCUGUCUGUUCACCACACAACGCUGGGUCAAAUAUAGACAACCCAGACACUUUAUUGUUAAGUUACACAUUUUACAAUAUAACAUGUGUUGAAGGAUCUCAGGAAUCUGCAAACUCUGUCAGAAGCAUGGAAAAAAGAUCUCAAUCAGGAACUUUCAUUUAGAAAGCCUGUAGAGAGGCUCAGACACAAACUCUGAACACAGUAAGAUUGAAAUGAACACAUAACUGGCUAAUGCGGGUUUAUAUAACCCCACUGUUACUAAAAUUCAAUGACAAUAUCGUUGAUCACUCCUAAAUGGCAUUCAGGUAAAGGAACGCUCUUUCAUUGUGUGGCAGUGUAAAGAGAUCCUGAUUUUCUGGAAAGGAGUGCAUAAUAAAAUAAUGAAUGUCACUAUCCCUCUUGAACCAAAAAGUUAUAUAUUACAUUAUUUGAGAAGAGAAUAUAUAUAUAUAUAUUUGUUAAGCUAAACAAUUUCUAGCACUUUAUUGGAAAAAUUUGGAGGCUCCAAGUGUAGAGAGGUGGUUUAAGGAGAUCGCAGUAAAUAUGUCACUAGAGAUAAUUACAUAUAUUAUUAAAGAUAAUUUACUAUUACAUAUACUAUUAAAGAAGAGGUUUUUGAAGAUGCUUGGAACCUUUUUAUGUCUUAUUUCAAAAAAGAAAAUAGCAGGGAUAUACCUGAUGAGAAAAUAGAAGAUAUGUACUGUUGGUGAAAAAUGGCGACCAUGUUUUGUAAUAGGUGGCUCAACUUAUUACUAUUUUUUUUUUAUUUUAUUUUAAAACAAUUUUAUUUAAGCAAUUUUUUAUAUUUUAUUUUAUUUAUGUAUGUGGACAGCACACAUGUUGUUAUUUUUAUUUGUCUUUAUUUUCCUUGCUAUUUAGUUUUUUCUUUUGUAAGUUGUUGACUACAAGAUAUAAACGUAUGAGAUCAUUUAUGCUGUAGGUUUGUGUGUUGUAAUUGCAAUAAAAAAAUAAAAAUGACACUGUUUAACCCAAUAUAUUUAACCCAUAUAUUUGACCCAAUGUUGUGUUAUGACACCCAGCAUUUUUAGAGUGCGCUAAAUGUUAAUUAAAUCUCAAUUUCUGCGACAUUUAUAUAGAGAGUCAGAAUUUGAUGCACACAUCAGCAUCGCUAAGAGCUUCUAUGUUGAAACUAAAUAUGCAUGAAUAUAGUUUUGCUGCAUGCAGACCAGAAGAAGAUUAGCAUGAAUAUAUUUUGAGGUGUGUGCGCAUAUUUAUUUUUGUGAGUGUGCUCAGUUUUCCUUUUGACUAAUUUUACCCUCAGUGCUGUUAUGAUCUAGAGGUCAGCAGCUUCCCAGAAUGCUGUUUUAACAAACACAGCCACAUCUAUUAAGAUAUGACCGCUUUAAACAGGUUUCUUUCCAUCAAUGGUUUAUUUUACUUUAUUUUUAAUGGCCAGGUACCAUCUUUAGAAUUGGUUUUCUUGAUGUAAAUAAAGUGUGCGCUAACUUAAAAAUGUUUUCAGAGACAAUAAUAAAGUCUUUUUAAAAAUA